UUUUUUUUUUCUUUUCAGAAACCUUGCGAAAUACGUCGAGUUCCUUGAAAAGGAUUGGCCUUGGCGUUAACGGUUUAGCAAACAAGCCCGAUUUGAAGACUCGAAAUAUUGGAAUGGAAAUCCAAAGCGGGCCGGGCCGGCCGCUAAACCGGACCGUUGUGAUCACCAGGCUCAGCAAGCAGGGAAUACAGUUCACCAAAAGAUCUGAGGCCUACGGAUGGCCUACAAGUCGGUCGUUCUUGACUACUUUUCGUCUGGAUUAUGAGCAGUGGUGAAUACCCUGGAGCCUCGAGCUUACAGCUUGUGUCUCGCUUGGUGCAUCCACCCACCGAAACAGAUGCGAGUACACGCACAGAGUCGCCGACACCCAAUAUACAUGCGUAAGGGUAUAUUCUUUGACACUCCCCAGCCACAUAGAUCGAGAAUCCGACGUGCAUCCCUGCUGAGCCCAACAAUGCCCAAUGUUAAGGCCUAGUAUCAAGCUCUUUUGACUUGGCUCCCUGUCUCCUCACGCUCCUGGUUCCAUGCGGGCUGUGAAGUCAUCACAGACGAGUCAGUUGUCCGAGACGCAGGCCAUUCCCGAAGCAGAAGGCCAGCUCAGCAGUAUUCGGAUGUCUCGUCAUGUUUCCCCGUGAAGAAUCCUUUGUCACCGCCAUAUCCCUUGUUUGGGGGUGGUGGAAAUGCCUGUCGAUGGCAGUCCUAGAUGCCACUUCUGCUCAUGACUGGGCAAGGGCCUCCACAUGCUGUUGGUGGGAAAGAACAAAGAGCUUAUCUUUGUGACAUUGUGUGUCUUACUCUUCGCUAAAUGUGCAUACAUGCAUGGCUGAAUGAGAUCAAGGCGAGCCACUUCAAGUUCUUCAUUCUUGUGGUCCUAAACAUGGGCUUCGAAGUGCUAGAAGUUAGCGUUGAUAUAAAGCGAUAGUAUGAACACUUCGUCUUCUGGACUGCUUCACGAAAGGUGUUGCAGCCUAUGUCAAGGCAAUCAUCGCCAUAGAGUAAUAUCGGCAGGUUCUUACAACUGAUACAUAUUAACUCACACGCCCCCCGGAAUAGAUAUUGCUGCUUGCUAAACGAUCUGAUGUGAUAGCCAGUUCGUUUUGCAUGGUCACUCAAGCUCCAACGUCUUUCAAAGCGAGGCGUACGAAUCAUGCAAGACGUGAUACACCAUGGAGCCAGCACAGAUGAGGCGGUAGAGGGAUGACUGGGUGUACAGAGGCGAUAAUAUACAAUGGUAUCUUUGUCAUGUCGACAGGCUUUCAAUUCUCUCUUCUCCCUUCGGAGUCGAUGGAAUGCAAUGGCUAGGCUGCAGUCUUGGCCAGAGGGAUGCUGCCACGUUGUGCCUAUACAUGUCUUGUGCACAUCAGCAUGGUUCUGAAAUGACUUCUGAACUGUCGAUUAUGGUAAUGACAAAGAAGGUUCUUCAAUGACAAGCCAGCGGUCUAGUGGAAGGGCGGAACUUUAAUCAUUCAUGUGAGCCGGCAGCCAUGCACGAAAAGCAUGCAAACUCCCCCUAUUCUUAUAUGUUACUACCGAGUUUGACCUGAAUCCUUUGCGGAUGCCUGCUUAUUGUCCCAGAAAAUAUCAUGGGGAGAAUAGAGGCUGAGGCUCCGGUGUGAGACCCUUGGAGGAAGGACCAACAAGGAGGAUUGUACUUUGUCUAGGACAAUGAAAGGGACCCCCCCAAUGAUUUCCGCAUUCAAGGUUAAGAAUUCGGUUGCUUAAUGGGAAGAGGCCGCAUACAUGACUCCCUUCAAGGCUCUUUGGACCAGAAUCUGCACUGAUAUGUGGGUUGGAAGAAACAAAGCUAUUGCGCAUCAUCAGAAGCAAUCGGCCGAGACAUACCACGAGGUUCUGUUGAACAAAAACGGUCAACAGGCAUGGCUUGGGGAACACAGGAAACAUGGUUGUAGCGACCUACCAAGUCGAUUAGCAUGUCCCACGGUGGCGAGAUUUGCAGGAAUCUCUCGUUCAGAGCUUGAUUCACAGUCAUGGACAUCAUGCACAGCUCUUUUGGCCCAAAAGAAGUCUCAAAUUGGAAGGGGGAAGCCGGCAACAUCCAAUGCAAGCUUUCCUGUAGAAGUAGGACGAUUCGAUGUCGUAAAGAGCACUCGAUGCCGUAGACCAUGAGAGAAAGUCCAAUGGCGGAUCCCUGAGCUGCAUCCCUUCUUCCAAUGGGCCGGCGGUGCCAUCGAGCUCGAGUCCGCAACGCAAGGGCUUGACGCACGGAGGAGGAGAAAAGCAGCGAAUUAGAUCCCUUGCCUUCACCGAAUUCGUCGAGAUUGCAAGCAUUCAGAAUCCCCUUGUUUCCUGACACUUGUCCGCCCUCGGGACGAACCAUGAAGCCCCACAGCGGCCGCAGAUCAAGACACCACCUUAUGUGCACUCGUGCACUCGACUAGGACAAGAUUUCAAGAGGACGCGACCGAGACCUGGCCCGCAGCGGGAAAGGUACAGGACUCGUAGCAAUAACAUGGCCGUUAAUGUGGCCCGGUUGCCUCACGGCUCCGUGAUCAAGGACGCGCCAUGGAAUGCAUAUGGAAUGCUGAAAGAACGAUCCCGACAAGUGCAGCAUGUCAAUGGCCGACAAGAACUGAACCAGCGAGGAAAAGUGGGUGAUGAAUGAAGUGAGUCCAAGACUAAGGUCUCUGUUAUGGGCCUUUGGGUCUUGUAAAAUAGACGUAGCCAAGCUAUAUUUACUCGUCAGGUACGUUGUGCAUUAGGACAACAACAAAGGCUGAAAGGCAAAUUGAAUCACACCAAGCGCAUAUGCAGCCAUGCACAAACUCAUACACAUCCCCGUGGGUUUGUCCAAGUUAUUUGGUCCUUCGUCAGCCCUGCUUUUGUUACUUCCACUGCAGCUACAACAUCACAGUGAAGUGCUGUACACAC